GAAUCUCCAACUGCCUCAAAACCCUGCUUUCCUGAAAAUGAAUCUUCUCCCUCCUCACCAAAGCACCAAGAUCCAGGCCAAGAGAAAUAUGGAUUGUUAAAUGUAACAAAAAUUACUGAAAAUGGGAAAAAGGUUCGAAAGAACUGGUUAUCUUCUUGGGCAGUGUUGCAGGGUUCAUCGUUGCUUUUUACCAAAACUCAAGGAAGUAGUACAAGUUGGUUUGGGAGUAACCAAUCCAAACCAGAAUUCACCGUGGACCUCAAAGGGGCAAUGAUUGAGAUGGCAUCAAAGGAUAAAUCCAGCAAAAAGAAUGUAUUUGAGCUGAAAACUCGUCAGGGAACAGAACUGCUAAUUCAGUCUGAUAAUGAUGCUGUUAUUAAUGACUGGUUUAAAGUUCUCAGUAGUACUAUUAAUAACCAGGCAGUAGAAACCGAUGAAGCAAUUGAAGAGGAAGUACCAGAUUCACCAGGAAUAGAAAAGCAGGACAAAGAAAAGGACCAGAAGGAUCUUAAAAAACUUCGUUCCAUGAAAGUAUCCAGCAUAGAUUCAUCAGAGCAGAAAAAAACCAAGAAAAACUUAAAGAAGUUCCUUACACGACGCCCCACUUUACAAGCUGUUCGUGAAAAAGGUUAUAUUAAAGAUCAGGUAUUUGGAUCUAAUCUUGCGAAUCUGUGUCAGAGAGAGAAUGGCACAGUGCCAAAGUUUGUGAAGUUAUGCAUUGAGCAUGUCGAAGAACAUGGUCUGGAUAUUGAUGGGAUCUACAGAGUAAGUGGCAAUCUUGCAGUGAUCCAAAAGCUGAGAUUUGCAGUUAAUCAUGAUGAGAAAUUGGACCUGAAUGAUAGCAAAUGGGAAGACAUUCAUGUCAUCACUGGAGCACUCAAAAUGUUUUUUCGAGAAUUACCAGAACCUCUUUUUACAUUUAAUCAUUUUAAUGACUUUGUUAAUGCAAUUAAACAAGAACCAAGACAGCGCGUUGCUGCUGUUAAGGAUCUAAUCAGACAGUUGCCCAAACCAAAUCAAGACACAAUGCAGAUUCUUUUUAGACACCUCAAAAGAGUUAUCGAAAAUGGAGAGAAAAACCGAAUGACCUAUCAGAGUAUAGCAAUUGUUUUUGGUCCUACCCUAUUAAAGCCAGAAAAGGAGACUGGUAAUAUAGCAGUUCAUACUGUGUACCAAAAUCAGAUUGUAGAACUAAUUCUUCUGGAAUUAAGUGCCAUCUUCGGACGUUGAUUCUUAAUGGAAGACAACCUGCGGAACAGAAGCUGGAUUCCAUCAGACUUCAUAUCUUUACACAUGAUGUAUUUUGUUUUUGGACCAAGCAGUGACUCUGAUUUUGCACUUUUUUGAGGGACUGGAAAGGAAGGGGGAGUGUGAAGAUGUCUGCUAGGCCCUUAUAUUUGCUGCUUUGUUGCAAGGUGAUAUGACUGUAAUUUUGGAUUCAUUUUAUCCUGAAUGUUUGCAUUUCAUACUCUGAAUAACAGUAAAAAUCAAAGCUCAGAUUUCUAACCAGUCAUAUACACUGGAUAAUUUGGUAAGAAGAACUACAUUUUUUCCUUCUCAAACUGGAUAAUGUAGAAUUUCUUCUCAUGACUUGUAAACUCUUCAUGAGGUAGAACAGUACUAUCAGUUACUUUGAAAACACUCUUGGGCAUUUAAAACAAGAUGAAGUAUAACUAUUCUGAAACCUGUGUAUUUCUUUUUCAGGGUUUCUGCAUGCAGUGGCAGUCUAAGUACUAAGAGUCACUAGAAUCCACAUGUCCCUUGAUGAAGGCUUGCUGUCUUUUACUGUGUUGCACAGCAUCCUCAUAGGAUAUCUUAGUUGCUUGUUUGAGCAGCACACUAAUAUUACUUAAAACACUGUGAUAUACUGGAGUUUUACUUAGUGUAAGUCAGUUCAGGGUAUUUUGGGGCUGUCUUGCUAUACUGAAUUGUAGCUAACAAUCCUGAUUAUAUCUAGUGCCAUAUUGAAUUUUUGGUAUCACCCUGUGGAAAUGGACAUUAUUUGAUGUAAAUAUGGGCUAAAGACUUAAUGUCUUUUAGCUUAUGUAUAAUUGUGUUGUAUAGUUUCAGAGCACAUUCUAACCCUACAUUUCUAAUCAUGAUAUUAUUGGUAAUAUUUUCCAUGAAUAUUAGGUUGCCUCCAGAAAUAGGCCAUUAUUUGGGGAAGUUAACUGUGUGCACUUUUAGAUUUUAAUUACAUUUAACAGGCAGAUCACUGUAAUGCAAAUGGUACUGGAAAAAAAUACUGAAUAGACUUGCUAAAUGGUAAAUGCACUACAAGAGGAACCUUUUAGAAUAUUUAAUAUGUACAGAAUAUGUUAGAAAAAUUAUUACAGAAUUCUAACUCUGGUUUGAAUAGUGGAAACCCACAUGUAAAUUAGAUGGACGUUGGAUGGAAAAUGACAUUUGCUAAAUUUGAGAAUUUCUUUUUACAUUACUAAUGUAGAUUGAUUUGUAUAAUAAAACAAGGUUUUGGAAGGUUUUGUUACAGGGAGCAUGGUCUGUUGAAAAUUUUUUAAAUGUAUUUUUCUAGAUUAAUUGCUGUAUAUGAAAUGUUUGAUCUAAUAAAGAAAACUAUAUGAGGUUUAGCGAUUUCCACUG